AAUGCUGACUCAUUCUGGAGCUUUGAAAAAGAGCAGGACUUCAAGCCUCACGUUAGACACGUUGAGCCUGUUCUCACUGAAUAUGUUCUUGACUGGAAAUCCGAGUUGUGCUGGAUACCUGAACCUCGAUACAGUGACGCCUCAUUUCCACACAUCAAAGACAUAAAGUUUCCCAAUGAAAGGAAACUGAUGAGAUCCUUCCCACAGUCUAAUAGGGUGUCUGCAUCUGAAUGGAGCUUUUAUCCAAACUUUGGACAGUCCAAGACCUAUCACGCUGGAAAGAGAUGUUUUAUGGAUGACAUUAAUCGUAUGAGAAGCAUGAGAUGCAUUUCAGAAAAUUUCCUGGAAUUAUCCAUGGGGAGAAAAAAGCAGGCCACAGACAAAUGCAGCACCUACCCUUCAACAAAGGUCAGACCAUUUCUAGUUCCUGAGUACAGCCCUUGCUUUCAUAUGAAUCAUCACUGCGCACAGCCACUUUUGGGUAAGGACCAACAUGCUUACUGCAGAUGCAGUGAGAUAGACCAAAAAGAUGGGACUGUAGCCAUGUUUUGA